AUGUUCAACAUUGCCGAUUCUCACCCACUAUUGCACAUGGUCCAUGUGUACAUGAGCAUCGCCAUUCUCUUCACCAAUUACUUCCUCGCGCAAUACGAUAAGUUUAUCUUAUCCUACUUCCAAGCCUCGGUCCUCAAAAGCCUUUCUCUCACCGGAACGCAAUAUGCCCUUCUGAGCGGCUACAGCACUGGCAUUGUCUACGCUUUAUUGGCACUUCCGGUUGCAUUUGUAGCCGACUUCACAUCGGCGCGUGUUUGGACAUUAAGCAUCGCAUCGCUGUGGUGGAGUCUAUGUGUUAUAUUCCAAGGGCUAGCCAAAGACUUCGCCGAUAUUUAUUGCGCCCGCCUAGGCAUGGGAAUCGGACAAGCGGCGGUGGAAGCGCUGAGUGUGAGCCUAAUCAGUGACCUCGUUGGAUGGCGCAAUGUGUUUAUCGGCGAAAGCGUCCUCUACGUCGGCGUAUAUGUUGGUGAAGCUAUCAGUGGUCAAAUCGCAACUUCAUUCUCCAAAACUGGCACUAGCUGGCAAGUUGCCAUGCGAGCCAUUGGCAUUACGGGAAUCGUGGUUUCGGUAUUGUUGAGACUGGUGUUGCGGGAACCGACAAGGGCCAGUCCAAUUCGAGAACAGGAACAUGAAGAGAGAGAGUUUGCAGAGAGUGUUGAAAAUGGCCCAGACAGGAAAGAGUCGUCUUUGGUUCUCAGCUCUCUCACCACAACUUUGUCCUUCUUGAUUCGACUUCGCUCGUUCUGGCCAUUGGUCCUCUCCGCAGGACUGCGACAACUUGCUGGUAAUGUUUUCGGGUAUUAUAUGCCUGGAUAUCUGUCUAGCGUAUAUGAUACUGUUCCUGAUCUUCUUUCGCGGUACGGAAUUAUCGUUGGAACCGUCGGAAGUGCUAGUGUCAUAGCUGGCGGUCUGCUGACAUCCCUGCUUUGGCACCGGACAAAGUUAACGCCUAUCUAUCUUACCACCAUCGGAGGCUUUCUAAGCAGCAUCUUUGUUCUUUUGAUGAUCUUCUCAAAGGAUGUCGCAGCUGGCGAUGAACAGGUUGGUGUGAAAAUCCUGUACGCAACUAUGUCCGCCGCCUACUUGACCGCUGAAACUUGGUUGGGCUGUAUGUCAGCAAUGAUUGCUCUACUCCUAUUGCCCGAAUACAAAACUUUUGGGCUUGCAAUCUGGAGUAGCAUUCAAGUCCUGAUAUACUCUUCCGGGCCUGAAAUUAUAGGACUGGCUGUGCGGAAUCUGGACCCCGGCUCUGCUGAAUACACCAAGAUCAUCAAAAUAUGCCUGGCUGUCAUUAUUCCAGUCGGAUACUGGGGUUGUGGGUUGGGCAUGCUACUGAGCAUUCCGCUUGUUCGGAAAGACCUCAAGGACCAGACUUUGUUGGUACCGGCCAGCCCCAGUCGCAAAAUUGCCAUCGGGGCCUUGGUUUCCGUGCUCGUGGUGCUUGUUAUUAUAUUGUUUGUUUUGAGUCUAGUGUAUAGCGUCUAG